CGUUCCCAACCAAUCACUAAGCCACGGCCUCACCGGGUUUUUAUAUACCUUGCGGGGGAGUUGGAGAAGAUGGAGGGACCACAAAAAAAUGUAAAAGUCAUUCUGGGAAUAAAACGUAUCUUGCAUAGACAUACUUGUGUUCUUUUUUCUAACGAUUUCCCCCGAGAUCGCCCACGUCGCCCUCUGGACUCCCCCCGAAGCCUGCGUGCACCUUCAUUUUGGUCCUUCGAGCCGGAUAAAUUAAGCAUUGGAGAGAUUCCCCCCUCCGAUCCAGCUUGCAGCGCGGGAACUUUGAGGAACCAGAAUCCAAGCUAAGUACCAGCUUUGCUCAUUCGAGAACACUCCGUCCGUCAUCUGCAUCUCCAUCCAAGUAUAUGUAUGUACAUAUCACCUAAGUCCCAUUUUCCGCCAACUCUGGCACCCCAUAUAGGCACUCCAAAGCCUGUUAUCGCUCUUAAUUGCCUAAACCACUCAUGCUGCCUACUCCAUUGGUCCUCUUGCCUGCCUACCGGUCUCCCGGAAUCCUUCCAAGCGAGUUUUCUCCCCCUACAACAGGCACCUCAUACAUAUAUGUAUGAAUAGAUGUACUGCUGCUGAGAUCCGUCGCCAUUCCACAGGUGCAAGUACGUGCAUAUGUAUGUGCACACAAUCCGUCCCACACAACAUAAAACGCCAAUACAAGGAAAAUAUACAUGUUUAUUUGUUGCGCAUAUUACAAUUAUAUCCACAUAACAUACAUCGCUCACAUCCAUAUGUAUAUAUAUAUUUUCACCGGCUUAUAAGCACCUUCACAUCCAUACAUAAUCGCACGGCUAAAACAAAUUACACGAUCAUUAACUAACAUCUGCCCGCAUAUAUAAACUAACCCAUUAAAUAUUUUAUUUCCGAUUGCGCCGGCGUACAAUACAUGCAUACAUAAUACAUAAAUAUGCAAAUACGCAUUCUUGGUGUUGUGUACAUUUUAUGUUGAGAUCGAUAGUCCAAGAUCGAUAAAUGUAUACAGGUUGGGGGUACUCGUGUUUUUAUUUUUGCCACCUUAGCAAGGCUGCUGCCGCUCAUGUGAUUAAUAAUUAUAAUUGAUCGCUGUUGUUAUUAAAAAGUGAUGAUUGUUGAGGACUAUUAAUUUAUCAUUAAUAAUUAUAUUUUGCUUGGUAAUUAAUAAAUUUCCUUCCGACAACAAAAUCACCCAACGAGUGCGCAACUAAAUAUUAUAAUAUUUAAAUUCCUCUGACUAAAAUAAUUAUAUUUUGCUUGGUAAUUAAUAAAUUUCCUUCCGACAACAAAAUCACCCAACGAGUGCGCAACUAAAUAUUAUAAUAUUUAAAUUCCUCUGACUUACGUGUGCGACGAGUAUUAGUCCAACUUCAACGUCCGCCUGUGCACUCUUCCCUCCGUGUACCACAGGAAUUGCGAACUCUUCCCAUAGCAGAUCCAUCAGCUUAGUAUGCCUUCUGGUGGAAAGAGAGUCAGCAAAAAACUAAAGCGUGUAAGCUCGCAGAGUGACGCCAAGCCGCCCAGCUCUUCCGCAGCAGUUACUACACCCACGUCGUCGCGUUCGCCCUCACGCCCGCAAGGUCCGACCACUUCCAAGGUCUGCCCCUCCAUAUUCGACACCCUCUUGUGUCCCUCACCAUCCACGUGCACGGUUCCAGGAACAAUGGCCCAAUCUGCCGCCAGCUCUGCACGGUCUAGGUUUGUUUUGGCUACAGGCCGGCUCACUCACUUUGACCAGAAACUUAAUGCUCCUGAUGCGCGCACCCCAACCAUCUCUCUUUCUCAAGUCCGCCGGGAACAGAUCCGAGGCAUGUGGUUGGAGGUCGAAUCGGAGUAUCGAGCCUGUUCUGCACUUCUAGCAACAGAGGAUCCGGAUGGUCAAGUUGAGGUCCAAGACAUAUACGAUGAAUGUUACGCGGUGUACGAGCAAAGUUUAGCUGAACUCAACGACCAUCUCCAGCCCCCAACUGUCAUUCCGACCGCGCAACCAGCCGUCCAGGUGCAAAUGUCCAACGGUUGCCGCCUUCCCCCAUGCGACACGGAGGUUUUCAGUGGAGACUACCAGCAGUGGCCCACGUUCCGAGACCUAUUCACCGCCAUCUACAUAAACAACGCCAGGUUGACUCCGGUGGAGAAAUUAUACCACCUCAACCAGAAAACGAGCGGUGAAGCCCACGACAUAGUUGCACUGGCCCCGCUUACGAAUGAUGGGUUUGAAUCUGCCUGGAACCACCUUCGUGAGCGUUUCCAAAAUAAACGGCUGAUACUCAAGGCCCAGUUGAAGAUCCUUUUCAGCUUGCCUUCCAUCCGAUCGGAAUCUGGAGCCGCCUUAAAGGAGCUCCAGAGGUCUGUCCACAAGUGCCUCACGACCCUUCAGCACUCCGAGGUGUCCACCGACAGCUGCUUUGCAGAUGGCGUGCUGGUGUACCUCAUUACCGCGAAGUUACCAAAGGCGACCGUGGAGCUUUGGGAACAAUCGGUUCCGAAUAAAUUCGAGGUUCCGACUUGGCGCGCCAUGAACAAGUUCUUAGAGGAGAGAUACCUCUCUCUCGAGGCGACCGAGGACGGUCAUCCAGGCAUCGAGCCGCACUACAAUUCCCGUACGAGCCUUCCCACUCCUGCACCUCGACGAGUGAACUCCUUUGAGGGGAGAAUCUCCAACAAGGCGCGCACUUGCGACCUCUGUUCCAGGAGCUACCAUCCUGUGCGAUCAUGCCCAGAAUUUCUUCGCCUGACCGUACAGGAACGGUCAAGCUACAUUCAGCAGAAACAACUCUGCUUAAACUGCUUCGCGCGAGGACACCAACUCCGGGACUGCACCAGCGCGUACAACUGCAGUACGUGCAGUGGACGACACCACACCCUCCUUCAUCGGGGCGAGCAGACUCCGAGUGGCUCCAACGAUGCUCCCAGUCCUCACACCACACAAGCCCCUACCACCAUACAGUCCACUUCCUCUUCUCUUCCUUCGUCCAACGACUCAGCCCGUGUCCAGAGCUAUUGCGCUACAAAUGUACACCAGGUGCUACUGGGCACAGCAAUAGUGGACAUUUGUCAUGCCGGCACAAGAUACAAGGCUAGAGCCCUGAUCGACUCCGGAUCUGAGGCCACCUUUAUUACUGAGCGGAUGUUCAAAAUCAUUCGGCCCCCCUUCCAAGCCGUCCAGGCUCAAGUCUCUGGUUUGAGUCAAACGGUAGCGGCCAAGGCCCAGAAACUCUGCCACUUCACGAUCGGCUCCGCCUUAAGGCCCGGCCUCCAGGUUGAGACCACGGCGUACGUUCUUCCGCAAUUGGCGGGUAACCUCCCGUCAUACCCUGUACCGCAGAACUACAUGACAGACCUUCCUAAACUCCAUUUAGCGGAUCCCUCCUUUCAUCGCAGCGCGCAGAUAGACGUGCUCAUAGGCGCUGAUAUCCUUCCAUCCAUCCUUUUAAGCGGCUUCCGGUCCAACAUUUGUGGCUCGCUCUUGGGCCAAGAGACUAUCUUCGGAUGGGUCCUAUCCGGUCCUGUCGCAGCUGACUCGUCUCGAAUCAUCUCUUCCUUCACCACGAAGAUCUCGGUCAGCUCUGACGUCCGACUCGAGAAACUUCUCACAAGGUUUUGGGAGGUGGAGGACCUUCCAGGGAGACCUACGAGCGAGUCAGACUCCAUUUGCGAGGAAAAUUUUCUCCAGACCACGCAGCGAGCUCCCGACGGGAGAUACAUCGUCACUCUUCCAUUCAAAUGUCCGGAAAAGAUAGACUUGGGCUACUCGAGGCCUUCGGCCCACGCCCAGUUUCUGAGAAACGAGCAGCGUCUGCAGCGAAACUUGCCUCUCAAGAAGCAGUACGACGAUGUCAUUCACGAAUAUUUAGAGCUAGGCCACAUGAAACAGGUUCCACCUAGUCAUGACUCCGGCCACUUCUAUCUUCCACACCAUGCCGUUUUCAAGCCAGAAAGCACAACGACCAAGGUGCGCGUGGUCUUCAACGCGUCCAGCCCGUCCUCGAACGGAAGAAGCCUUAAUGACGUAUUGCAUUCAGGGCCAGUCCUUCAGUCCGACUUGACCACGCAAAUCCUUAAGUGGCGCGUAUUCCGUUACGUUUUCAACGCCGACAUCAAUAAGAUGUAUCGGCAGAUCCUCGUGGCGCCACAACACACUCCCUACCAACGGAUAAUCUUUCGCAAUCCUAACGGGGACGUUUGCGACUAUGAACUCGAUACGGUCACCUUCGGAGUCAACUGCGCGCCAUAUCUCGCCAUUCGCGUCCUAAGGCAACUUGCACAGGAAGUGCAUCCUCGGUUCCCAAUGGCAAGCGACAUCCUGGCCAAUUACAUGUACGUAGACGACGUUUUAGCUGGUGCACAUACCCAGCCUCAGGCAAUUUCCGCCAUCGCCGAGUUGCGAGAAGCACUCGAUUCCGCCGGCUUUCCACUCCGAAAAUGGACCGCAAAUCAGAAGGGCGUGCUGAGCGACAUCCCUCGCGAGCACUUACUGCGAGCUGAUUUCCUCGAGCUCGAAGAAAGCAGUAUCGCAAAGACCUUGGGUAUCCGAUGGCAAGCGAGUGCCGACGAGUUUUUCUUUGUCCCUCCCGAAUUAAUCCAUCGGGAAUCCUGCACGAAACGCAAUGUGUUGUCCCAGAUUGCGAAGCUGUUUGAUCCAGCGGGAUGGCUUGCCCCCUUUGUCAUCCAAGCUAAGAUGUUCAUGCAGGAGGUGUGGUUACGAGAGUUAGGUUGGGACGAGGACCUUCCUGGCGAUCUGCGUCAAACGUGGGAGACCUUCCUGCAGAGUUUUCCGGCCAUCCAGCAGAUCCACAUACCAAGGUGGAUCCACGUCUGUCCGACUGCCAAGGUGCAGAUUCAUGGCUUCUGCGACGCGUCUCAGCGUGCCUAUGGUGCGGCGAUCUACGUCCGAGUGGAGCGGCCGAAUGGCAUAUUCUGCUCUCUCCUGACAGCUAAGACUCGCGUGGCCCCCGUGAGGACGAUAUCCUUGCCUCGACUUGAGCUGUGCGGAGCGGUUCUUCUGGCAGAAUUGUCCGCUGCCAUCCUUCCACAGAUGCCGCUAGACAGUAGCCAGGUAUCCUUCUGGACCGACUCUACCAUUGUGCUGGCCUGGCUGCACAAACCAGCGUGCGAAUGGACCACGUUCGUGGGCAAUCGAGUCGCCAAGAUAGCGCGCUGCAACUCCGGCGAGCUGUGGAGUCAUGUUCGAUCGGAAGACAAUCCUGCCGACCUAGCCAGCCGAGGUAUAGGACCCAUCGACCUCGCGGGGAACGACAUGUGGUGGCAUGGUCCUGCGUGGCUGCGUCUUCCGCAGUCACAGUGGCCGUGUCCACUGGACCCAUUCCCGGAGACUGACUUGGAGAAGCGAGCAGUCAAGGUGCUGCAUACAAGUAGCACAUCCUCUGACAUCCUCAGCCGAUUCUCGGAUCUCGGGCGAGCUUUGCGCGUGCUUACCUAUGUGCAGCGAUUCAUCCAACGAUGCAGAGGAGGGUCAGUCCACAAUUCCAACGAGCCACGGUCUCAUGAUGGCACCCCAGCAGCCCACACGCACCCAACGCAGAAGCACCGAGGGCCAAGCUCACGACAGCAGACGUACCCGAGGUACUAUGUCCUACCGUUGCCGAGUCUGCCGAGGCGUCCAUCCUCUUAGGAAGUGCGGGCGGUUCCUGCGGCUAAGCGCUGAAAAGCGGUUGCGGGCGGCACUCAUCAAUCAGUACUGCCCCAACUGCCUAG